AUGGAAAACUUUCAACAAUUUUCCAUGUACCCACAAUGUAGUGUUAGUGGCGUGAAUACAUAUGUAAACAAUACCGAGAAUAUGAAUAUGAACAGUGAAUUAUGUUAUGGCCACGUUAGAACAGUAAGUAAUGAUACUGACAAUUUUACACACAUGAGAAAAAGAAGUCUCUCAAACCAAGAUAUGCAAUAUUUAUCUGAUAAUGAUUCAAUGAAUAAACGACUGAAGAAAUCGAUAGUUUCUCCCCAAUCGAACACACCGCCAACAAUAGAAGUAGAACCCCCUACUAGAUUAGAAUUGCUUAUAAUCCAAUUAUCUACAAACUUAAACACAGUGAGUGAAAAGCUAGAAAAGAGAAUAGAUGAACUUGAAACAAAUUUUGAACAAAAGAUUACCGAAAAAAUAUCAGAAAAGGUUUCAAUAAUGAUUGAUGAAAAGCUAAAACAGAAUAUAGAUACAGUUAGAGAAGAAGUAAAAGCUGACAUGUUAGCCUUAACCGAAACAUUUCUACGAAAAGACGAAAAGUUGAACAUUCCGGGGUAUACUUUCUUUGGCAACAAUCGGAAAACUAUAAACAGAAAUGCUAAUCGAGGAUCAGGUGGCGUUGGCGUUUUAGUGAAGGAUGAAAUUUACAAUAGCUACACUUUCGAAACUUUGGACUCUGAAGUUGACGGAAUUUUAUGGAUUAAAAUGAGAUCAAAAAUAGAUGUUUUAAGUUUAUGCAUUGCGAUUUGUUACCUACCCCCAGCCGAGUCGUGUAGAGCGUUGGACCAUCGUGUAUUUUUUCAAACUUUAUUAGAACAAGUGUAUACAUACCAAAACAUGGGAAGAAUUGUUAUUUGUGGCGACUUCAACUCUCGAGUAGGACGAAAUUUAGAUUAUAUCGAAGGUGUUGAUAACAUUAAACCCCGAAGUGUGGUAGACUUUACAGAUAAUCAUCAAGGUGAUGCUUUUAUAAAUUUUCUUAGUGACGCUAAUUUUGCGAUGUUAAAUGGUCGCUUCGGUGACAAUGAUUUUACAUAUAUUUCACCAACUGGACGUUCAGUGGUCGAUUAUGUCUGCGUGCCAUAUGAAGAUAUGGAAUGUAUUUUAGAUUUUAAAAUAAUGCCGAUGUCGAACAUAAUUAACGAACUAAAUGUCAUGCCUGAUAGGAUCCCAGAUCAUUCUUUAAUGUAUUGUGACAUUUUAUUGCCGAAGGCAGUUAGCAAUGCGAGUUAUUGUGAUCGUAAUACAACAGGAUUAAAACGAAAAUUUAAAGUGUCUGCAUUACCGAGUGAUUUUCUUAACAAUGAGGAGAUAACUGAAUUGAUCAACGAUACUAUUAGCACUAUAGAAAAUUCAAUUCAAAUAAAUGAAAACAUUCAAUUGGCCUAUGACCAGUUCCAAUCUUUGAUAAAAAGCGAAAUGGAAAAUAAAUUACCUGUGCAUGAAACAGAUUAUAACAGAAGUGAUAAGCGUAAAAAGUCUAUGUUUAAACCGUAUUGGAACGAUAUUCUGCGUGACCAAUGGAAUAAAGUAUGUAUGUCUGAAAGAAAAUGGUUAAAACAUUCCGGUUCAAACAGUGAAAAGCGCAAAUUAAAAGAUUGUUAUUGUACAGAACGAAAACAAUUUGAUCGAAUGAACCGUAAAUUUAAAAGACGAUAUCAGAAUAACGAACGACAAAAACUAGUAGAUAAACUCUAUUCAAGUAACCAACGUGAUUUCUGGCGAUCAAUCGGGAAAGUAGGAAUAUGCAACGAACGGAAAUCUUGUAUACCUAGCGCUGUUGUAAAUGAAGAUGGAACUAUAGAAACGGACAAAGUUAACGUUUUAGAUCGGUGGAAGGAAGAUUUUAGACAACUAUUUAACUCCGAUGAAAACAACGAAGAAACGAAUCCACAAUCAACGGAAAGUCAAAAUGCCAAUCGGGAUAAAACGGAAUUAAAUGAACCGAUCACUAGAGAGGAAGUGAUAACGGCCGUAACCAGAGCAAAGGUCCGAAAAGCUACAGGUAUCGAUGAUAUUCCCGCGGAAGUACUUAAAAAUGACACAGCAAUAGAACUACUGUACCAAAUAAUAAGUGGAUGUUUUCAGCUCGGAAAAGUCCCAUUAGAAUGGACAAGGGGAAUAAUUAAUCCAAUAUUGAAACCGAACGCAGACGAUGAACGUAAACCACUUAACUACCGUGGAAUAACAUUGAUAUCAGUGCCAUCUAAAAUAUACUGUAUUAUUCUCAAUCAACGUCUUAGUAAGUGGCUAGAAGAUAACGAUCAUUUAUGCGAAGAACAAAAUGGCUUCCGCAAGGGUAGAAGUUGUGAAGAACACAUCCAAGCGUUAUACCUGACUUUGAAUGAUAGAAAAAUAUCUCGACUGUCCACACAUGUAUGCUUUAUCGACAUGCGAAAACCGUUUGAUACCGUAAAUAGAACACUACUAUGGCACAAACUACAAGCCUUGGGAAUAUACGGAAGCUUUCUUAAAGCGAUACAGUCACUUUACACUGACGUCAAAUGCACUGUCCGAUUAAAUGAUGACUUAACCCCUUGGUUUAACGUAGCGAACGGAGUAAAACAAGGAUGUAUUCUGUCACCAACUCUUUUUUCCGUUUAUAUAAACGACUUAGCAGAACAUAUCAACGCGCUGAAUUGUGGUGUACGUAUAGACGAUACUAUGUUGAGCAUUUUACUAUAUGCUGAUGAUAUAGCAUUGAUAGCACCGGAUGAAAACAGUCUGCAGCAAAUGCUGAACGUUGUUACGGAAUGGUGUGAAACAUGGAAACUCUCCGUUAAUGCAGAUAAAAAAAAAGUUGUUCAUUUUCGUCCUCAAUCAAUAGCGAUAUCCGAGUAUAGUUUUGAAUGUAGUGGACACAACAUAAUGAAAAUAGAUUCAUACAAGUAUCUUGGAAUAUGGUUAGACGAGCAUCUAACAUUUCGGAAGAACGCGAGAGAACUGUCAAAAUCAGCCAGUAGAGCAUUAGGUGCAUUGUGCGGUAAAGUUGUGGCUGCUGGUGGAAUGACACAUGGCGUUUACACGAAGCUUUAUUCAACAGUUGUUGAGCCGAUACUUUUGUAUGGAAGUGGAAUAUGGGGAACAAAGACUUUCAGUGAAAUAACAUCUGUACAGAACCGUGCGUGUAAAUAUUUUCUAUCCGUCGGUAAAAACACUUCAAAUUUAUCCUCUCGAGGGGAUAUGGGUUGGACAUCUUGUGAAACCAAACAGAGGAAGUCCUGCACACGUCUAUUGUGCAAGUUAUAUAAAUUGGACGAAACGAGAAUGUUGAGCAAAAUUUGGAAAUAUUCGGCCCGUCGACGCAAAGGAUGGACAUUCAUGGUAAACAAACUGAUAGACAAGAUUGAUAUGGACUUUUUUUAUACAUUGUUUUGA